AUGGGCGACAUUUUCGCCAAGUUGGCGUCGUAUUCCGGCGUCAGAAAAUCGCCCUCAUCGCAGCGUGUCAGAGAGAAGGUCAGCUUUGAUCAGGAACUCGCCAUCGCAGAUAGUCACGGCGACGCCGUCGAGGGAGCCACUCGGCUGGCCACCUUUGACGAGCUGCGCACACUUAGCGAAAACAGUGCUAAUUUGACGUGGCUAAUAGAUUCACUUCAUGACCGUUUGAAGCUCUCUUCGCCGUCGCCUGUGCAGGCCAGCGUCAUCCCUUUCGCGCUCAAAGGAGAUGAUGUGUUCGCCGUAGCACCCACGGGAUCAGGCAAGACGUUGGCCUACCUAAUACCCAUCCUUCUGAUGCACAAGAGACAGAAAGCCAUACAAAGCCUUGUGCUGGUGCCAACAGUUGAGUUAGUGAACCAGGUGACUCGCGAAUUGGUAUAUCUAGUUGGAGACAACGAUGUCGGCAUCCUUCCACUCGAUCCGAAAUGCAGUCAGUUCGAAAAAGAGAUUUGCAUCUCCACUCCUGCGACGAUGCUGACGGCGCUAAAGAAACGCAAGUGCAUGCUUUCUAAACUGGAGAUGUUGGUGGUGGACGAGGCCGAUGUGCUUUUUGAUGGAGGCUAUGCACGCCACUUCGACAGUAUCCUAGCAUCCCUUGUAGAGAUCAAAGGGCUUAGAAAGAUGCUUUUCAGCUCAACAAUGCAACAGCAAGUGUUAGAUCUGGCGGCUAGCUUUAUGCCUAGCGCGGUACAUGUCUCAGUGGGCCAGAGCACUAUGGCGUGCAAGAACAUCCGCCAGGAGCUCAUCUGCGUAACCAACGAAAACGGAAAAGUGCCAGCGUUGCGACAGCUGAUCCGUGAAGGACGCGUCGAUCUGCCUUGCCUAGUGUUUCUGCAGAGCGUGGAGAGGGUUGGGCGGGUGUACAGUCAGCUGAAGGAAGAUAACUUGCUCGUCGACCGCCUGACCGGUCGCCUCGCACCUGCCGAGCGUGAAGAGCUCAUUAAUAAGUUCCGACUGUCAAAGAUAUGGGUGUUGCUAUGUACUAACAUCCUGGCACGCGGUCUGGAUUUUAGAGGCAUCGGGAGCGUGGUGAACUUUGACAUACCACUUACUGCACAGGACUACGUCAACCGCAUAGGAAGGUCUGGCAGGGGCGAAACAAGCGGUAGCGCAGUAACUUUGUUUACGUUGGAUGACAUUAAUAUCAUGGGACCCGUACUCGAUAUCAUGCGCCGUUGCAACCAGGAGGUGCCGGAGUAUCUCUUGCGCUGCGAACAGAAGAAGGCCAAUGUGAAGCGCCCCCCAAAUCGCCAGAGCAACGAAUCAGACAGAAAGCGUCUCAAACAUCGACGUUCAAAGGUAGAAGACAAGAAUAAAACGAAGGCAAAUAGGAAACAAGCUUCUGAGCAGGUACCUUAG